AUGGUCCAUAAUCAUGAAAUGAUUCCUGUUGACAAGAGACAUUUAAUAAGGUCUCAAAGGGAUUUUUCUAAGGAACAAAUUAAAUUCAUUUCUACACUUAGAUUGAAUGGAGUUAAAGUUUCUGAUUUUGUGAGAGCUUUGAAGAAGGAGGUUGGAGGGUCUCCUAACUUUUGUUUUACAGCUCCUAAUUCAAAUUUUUUGCAAAGAGAUAAAUUGAUGAAGCACAUUUCUAUUACAACAUUGAACAAGAUGAAACUGGUGCAUUGGUUAGGUUUUUUUUGGAGAGAUGGAAGGAUGAUGAGAGAUUAUCAUUACUUUGGUGAUUUGUUAGUCUUUGAUACUAUGUAUAGGACUAACAAAUAUGGUAUGAUUUGUGCUCCAUUUGUUGGUAUGAGUCAUCAUGCAAAUAAUGUGAUGUUUAGCAUGGGAUUUGUACUUAAUGAAAGAACGAAAGCAUUUGAGUGGUUAUUUGAUACCUUUAUAACUUCUAUGGGAAGGAAAUGUCCUAUUACAAUAAUGACUGAUCAAGGUCAAGCCAUUGCUAUUUCGGGGAUGGUGAUGAAAUAUGAUUAUGAAAAGGUUGAUUGGAUGUGUGAUUUUUAUAAAAUCAAAGAGAUGUGGUGUCCAUCUUAUUCAAAGCAAUAUUGGUUUGGAGGUGUGCUAUCAUCUCAACGUAUUGAGACAACUAACAAAUCAGUUUCUCAAGGGCUUAACAAGACACAAGGUCUAUGUGAUUUCUAUCAAGUGUUCCUUGAUGUUGUUCAUGAGUGGAUAAGCAAGGAAAGUGGGAAAGAUUAUAAUACUAUCAGAGGUAAUCGUCAUUUGGCUUUUGCAUAUAUUGGGAUUCUUGUUCAUGCUAGAUUAUUGUAUACAAUUCAAGCAUAUGUUGUUUUUGAAGAAGAGUUCAUUAAGGGUAUUGCAUGUGAUCAUAAGGAUUUUGGUUUGAAUUAUCCUGAAUAUUCUAUCAUUUGUGGAGACCUAGGAAAGAUUUAA